AUGAAAGAAAGAAAAGAAGAAGACUGUGUGUUGAGAGAGGUCGUUGAGAGAGUGUGGGAUAGAGAAAGAAGUCGUCGUCGUCGUCGUCGUCGUCUUGAAGAUGAGGAAGAGAAGACAGACGCCAAAAGUCAGACCGGGCUGCGGAGGGGAACGGCGGUACGGUACGGUACGGGUACAGGUACAGGGCCAGGCACCGUAUUGGUCCUGUACCGGGGGGCGAGUUGGCUGCGGCAGGGUACCCGUACUGAGGAAACGGGCCCCAACCUCCUCCAAGACAGGCACAAAAGCCUCCAGCGUGUCGAUCUAUGGGGCUCCAUGCGCUUGGAGGCUGUGGCCCUGUGGGUAACUAACUUGCACACGGAGCGACCCGCCAGGAACAGGCUCCUCGUUUACGACAUGUCUGAUGGCUUCAUCAUAGAUAUCUGGCACUACCAGGGACCCCCGGCCGCGAAAUGCCAGCUACUGAAAUCGCGGGUGGUAGCAGGGCUUGUCGGAACUAUCCCCUCGCAUGGAUACGCAAACGAUUUACAUUUUGGUGUAGGAUUAUUAUGGGGCCACGCUGCCAUUAUUAUUAUCACUCCGUCUGAUGGCCCAUGCCACGGGCGGAGGAACGCCACCACUUCAUAUUUCGCGGCCCCCGAUCCACCACUUCGGGGCUUCAUGCCUGUCCAAGUGAUGCGUACGGAGUACACUGCAUCUACAAAGUCAUGUUCCUGCGUUAGCUCGACUCGUGUCGCGCGUCUGCAUAGGGGCAAAUUGGACCAACCAAAAAUCCAUGAUCUGCUUGGUUUCACCACCCCUUGGGUCCCUAGUUUUAUCCCGCCUCAAGAACGCAACUCCUUGUCUCAAGAUCCAUAUCUUCAGUGCUACGUACGUAUUCAAAUCUUCACCGGGCCCCACGAUGACCGCCAGUCGAACGGGUCUGUUGAGUUGCGCGGCUGGCUGAAGUCACAACCCCAUACUACUGCGUAUACUUCCACUCUCCUCCGGCCAAGACGUCCUAGAAUUGACGGAUUCAAUUUUGCCGCUGCGCUAAAGGAAUGCGCGCCGAACACCUUAUAUUCGAUGAUGAAUGGGCUCUUCUGUUCAGCAUUCAGGGUGCGAUAUCACCAACAGCCCGAGAUCAUCAAGCAAGCCCAUCGUGAUGCACAAGCAGCUAUCCUCCAGCUGUUUCCGUUCUUCAGGAAACGGUCCAAAGUAAAUACCACGAGUCUACAGCAAGGAAUCUUGGAAGCUACUCCCCGAUUCCGCCACAAGCCCCACUUGAAACUCUGAUCAGACGUGUAAUAUUUUAGCCAUCAUUAUUUCAAACUGAACCUCCGUGAUUACAGAAAUAGUUACAGUUUCAAUCGCAAGAGCUUCAAAGUGGGCGAUAAAUGCAUUGUAACCACGCCCAAACAUUAAAAAGUCAUCCGUCCUACGGAUGACCUCGUGUGAAUGUUACCUUCACCACAUCUGGACAACACUCAGGAACGAUACAAAAAUAAAAUUCAAAGCAAAAUGAAUCAUAAUAUCUUUUCCGUCGAGCCCUCCCCGUCUGGAUUCGCCAAAUUUCCAAUACUCUGAACCUGGGUAGCGGUGUUAGAUUGAGAUGGAUGGCAUGCAGGAUGAUCGUGCUGAUUCUCGUCUGAUCUCCUGGCCCCUGCCUUGAUUUAUUAUGUACUCCGUACUCCGUACAGCGUACACACUCCAUCAACUACCCCCUGCGCAAGCAUCGACCAGCAUGCUGACAUGAAAGUCAGCAUUGGGCCUGCGCAAACAAGAAGGACUCUAUUCUUACACGUAGUUGUAAUUUGGAAUUCGAUAAUGGCACUUCCAGAUCGAGUUAUGAGCUGUGCAGCCACAUUUUGGACCUGUGCUGGGCGAGAACUAUGGGGAUACAUACCCGAACGGAAGGGGGAUGGCAAUAAUCCUUGAGGGUGUAUCGACCCUGAAUGUACUGCCCAAUGUAUGUACCCCGGUAUUUUCAGGAGCUGCUUCUCAGGUAAACAGCAAUACCCACCAGAGAGAGAGCACUUAUGUCUGACCAAGGUUUUGCUAUUUUUUGUUUUUAUUUGAUUUUUUCUCAAGCUCUUGUGCCUCACAGCAGAAUCCACCACUCACAGCUCCCACGCCAACUGUUCGGUUUUUUAAAUGCAUUUAGCCUGGGUGCCAAAGCAGUGAUCCUCAAAGACCCCCCGAAGCUGCCAAAUCUCUGGUUUCAAGUUGUCUUAUAUAUUAUGUGACUAUUCUUCCCGAAAGUCGAGCUAACUUCAUGAUCCUCGACACGUUUCCACUUGUUUCACACUGGCCGCAGAAAGAUGCACGGAAUGCAUACCUAGGUAAUUCACCACGGCCGCGGUCACCCCAUACAGUUUCUAAAACCUCAACUCUUGGUGGUGGGAAGCGAAACUGGCUGCGGAAGACAAAGCCCCCACUAUGAAUGGAGAGCCUGACGGCUGAAAUAACCCACACAGAAAACGUUCCAUCAUUGGUGUCUUGCUUCACCUUUUUGUCCCUGUCUUCCGAGAAAAUUAGUAGACCUUCGUUAACUGCUAGGAUAGGACAAUGUCGUGUCGAAGGAUUGAGAAGUGACCUACAUAAAUAUUAUUCCAGUGAGCAGACGGCCUGCGAAGCCGGUCGACCGGCCUCCCACAGCUUGAGCGGGCUUGGGAGACGUUGCUUGCGCAAAUAUUAUUAAAUAGCCAACUUACAAGUGGACCUAGCGCUAGCCGUCCAUCUGCCAUCAUCCAUGGCGGCUCGUUUAGCUCCUCAAGAAUCAAGCGUCAAGCCUAGGGUGGAUCAUCAGUUUUUUUGGCGUGUGCCACGCGGCGGGAGGAUGACUACAUUUUGAGCUAACUAACUUGUUCCGCACUGAUGUUUUAUUAGAGCUAUGGAAAUUCUGAAACCUCGACGUACAGAGGGCGCAGGCAGGAAAGAAAACCCCCUCAUGGAAAUGCACUAGCUGAAAAUCUAGCGGAAUGUUUUGCCCACUUUUGCAUCAGAGUUCGAACCUUGUCAAACAGAAAGAGGCGGAAGCAACACGACAUCCUUUGUGGCGCCUAGCCCAUAGCCUCGAGUCCUCGCCGACCGAUGUUGAUGGGUGUCUCGCGCCCUUGCGGACUUUUAAUCUAGUCAAUGGUCAUUGACGGCUUUGUGAUGCUAACGUCAAAUAAUUUAUAGGCAGGGGAACGACCAGCUGUCAAACUUGAUAACAGUAACUUAUCACAAGUUUACUGCUCACCCAGAAGACAACACCCCCUGUCAUUUUGAGCAUUUAUAUGAUGCCAAAAUAUCCCCACGAAAAAAGCCGGCAUAACAGCUGACACCGUCGAUCUCAGUCUGGGCAGUGAAGCGCAUCGGUAAUCAGUAUUGAGGCCUCAAGAUGGAAGCUCCCCUGCUCGGCCCCUUUCACAAGCUUGGACCAGUCAGGCCACGAGGACGCUUUUCCCUUUGAAGAACAGCAAGUUACCCCUAUUGGUGGACCAUCACACCGGGACCAACAGGGAAAUCCAGCGCUUGGAUAGCCAGGACUUGUCAUGAUUUCUUGAUCAUCAGCGCCAAGUGGGAACUCAUAUAUUCUCCCGAAUAUAUUCCAAGAGAGUUAUGGGCUUUAACAUUGCUCUUCCGUCUCAUGCCCGCCAAUUCUUUUUCUUCAUAAUAUGUCUCAAUGUACCGAGAAGGAGGGAAUAUAAUAAUGUUAAUGAUAAAUAGGAGAAACAGUACCAGAUAAGGCGUCGCAUGCAUGGUAAGGCAAGGCAUGGAUGGGUCGCACUGCAUGAUCCUGGAAGGGCAUAUUGGUUGUAGGCACCUCGUACUUCCGUGAAAUGAGGUCCGCCUGGCGAUAGCCCUGACGGGGGAAGGUAUAAUAGUUGUUGAUAAUAAUCAUAAUAUCAUCGUCAUCCAUCACUGCCACUGCUGGAUAUAAGCCUUAUCAGAAGCUACAACAAGCGAACCCCCCAACUACUUAUCCCGGGCUGCUACUGCAAUGCAAAGCAGAAUACAAAACAACCCCAAAGCGAGAUGUAGAGUUUUAGCUCAGCCCGCGAUUCUUUCUGGGAAUCGUUUCAUUGCAGGGUUUGACUUGCUACCGAGGUGGUUAUCCCGAUAGAUACCCUGAGAGUCGUCAUAAUAUAUACACAAAUCUAUAAGUGAGUUAUAUAUACUAUAUCCCCGGGUUGCUGAACAUAUUCGUAGGUAAACCACCAAACCGCGAUUCACCCUCGGAAUCCUUUGUCCAAUGACAUCCAUGACUCUCGCUCGCUACACCUUGUAGAGCCCUA